CUUUUAUUUAACAUUUACUUAAUAGUUCCAUUUUCCAAAAAUCAAUCAGAGAUAACAAUAAAUGCUAAAACAGACACUACUGUAUGUAGAUAUAAAUGGUUGUUAUAGAGACAAUUUUCCAAACAUUCAAUACAGGAAAAAACUACUUGUAUCAAACUAAUAUAUAUAAGAUAUGCAAUCAUUAAAAAUAAUAGUUAUUGGAUCUCUUAGGAGUGGUAAAACAACAAUAUCUAAUUUUCUUGCGGAUGCUACAGAAAUACCCUAUGAUUAUUAUCCAACUAAAGGAGUACGAAUAUUAGAAUUUGAAGUGCAAAAUAUAAAUGUGAAUAAUAGUCACAUUACAAAAGAUAUUGAAUUAUGGGAUUGUAGUGGAGAUCAUAAAUAUGAAUAUUGUUGGCCAGCUAUAAGAAAGGAUGUACAUGGCGUUAUGUUGAUUUAUAGUGAACAAUCGAAUGAAUGUUUAAAAAAAAUUCAACAAUUAUACGAUUAUUUUAUUGAUCAAACUAAAUUAGAUCCAGACAGAUGUGUAAUUUUUUGUUACGAUCCCGAAAACAAAAAUCCUGAAAUUUCAAAAAUUAUUUCUUCAACAUUUAUGAAAAUAUCUCAUGUUAAAUGCAAUAUCGAAAGUGGUGGAAGUAAACUAAAAGCUGAUUUUUCAUCAUUCAUAAGUACAAUACUUAACAAAAUACAUAAUUAUAAAAAUCAAAAAGAUAUAAAUAUUUUGUAAAAAGAUGAAGAUAUUUAAAUAUGUAAUAAAUCUU